CAGCAGCAGGAGCAGCAACAGCAACAACAGCAGCAGCAGCCGCCCCAGCACCAGUUAAAGCCCAUGAACGGAGCUGAUAUUCAGCACAACCACAGCCAGAUGAAGGACCACGACGCCAUUAAGCUGUUCAUUGGUCAGAUCCCACGGAACCUGGAGGAGAAUGACCUGAAGCCCCUCUUUGAGGAAUUUGGGAAGAUAUAUGAGUUAACUGUUCUGAAGGACCGAUUCACAGGCAUGCACAAAGGUUGUGCCUUCCUUACAUACUGUGCAAGAGAAUCUGCUAUCAAGGCGCAGAAUGCAUUACAUGAACAGAAGACACUGCCCGGGAUGAAUCGACCCAUUCAGGUGAAGCCUGCUGACAGUGAGAGUCGUGGAGAAGACAGAAAAUUAUUUGUGGGCAUGUUAAACAAACAACAGACAGAGGAUGAUGUGUACAGACUCUUUGAAUCUUUCGGUGUCAUAGAAGAAUGCACAGUUCUACGAGGGCCUGAUGGUAACAGUAAAGGUUGUGCAUUUGUGAAGUUCUCCACACAUGCUGAAGCCCAGGCAGCCAUUAACGCACUACACGGCAGUCAAACAAUGGCGGGAGCAUCCUCCAGCCUGGUGGUAAAGUUUGCUGACACAGACAAGGAGCGCACACUGAGGCGCAUGCAGCACAUGGUGGGUCAGUUCGGAAUGUUCAACCCGAUCCCUCUCCAGUUUAACAACACCUACAGCUCUUACGCUCAUGCGCUGAUGCAGCAACAAGCGGCCAUUAUGGCAGCCACCACACAUACCGGAUACCUGAACCCGACCGCUGCCUUUCCAACGGCACAGAUGCACCACAUGGCGGCGAUCAACCUGAAUGGACUGGCGGCUGCGCCACUCACACCCACAUCAGGUGAGGCCUCUCUUACCCUUUCAGGCUUGUCUUCUCCUCCCGGAAUAGCUGCUCCUGCUGUGCCCAGUAUUGUAUCUCCUAUCGGGGUCAAUGGUUACACUGGACUUUCCGCCCAGCAUAAUGGGCACCCUGCGGUUGAGGCUGUCUACACUAAUGGCAUUCACCCAUACCCAGCACAAAGUCCUUCUGCAGCUGAUGCCUUGCAACAGGCUUUCACUGGGGUUCAGCAGUACACAGCCAUGUAUCCGACAGCGAUUGCCCAGAUCAGUCAAGCAUUUCCUCAGCCACCUCCGGUCAUAACACAACAGAGAGAAGGGCCAGAAGGCUGCAAUCUUUUCAUCUACCACCUCCCCCAGGAGUUUGGAGACAGUGAGCUCAUGCAGAUGUUCCUGCCCUUUGGGUCUGUGAUCUCGUCAAAGGUCUUCAUGGACAGGGCCACCAACCAGAGUAAAUGCUUUGGUUUUGUGAGUUUUGAUAACCCCACUAGUGCCCAGGCUGCCAUCCAGGCCAUGAAUGGUUUUCAGAUCGGCAUGAAGAGGUUAAAAGUCCAGUUAAAACGGCCAAAGGAUACCAGUCGCCCAUACUGACUGACUGUGAUUCAGGGCAAGAAUUUCUGAUUUUCUAGGGCAGUGACAGUAUGGAUUACGAGGAAGUACCUUUUGAGAUGGCUGAUCCUCAGAUAUCAGCGCUGAGGAGGUGGAGGAUAAACGGAACAUAAAACUUGGAGAAAACAUUUCGAGAACCCUGAAAAUGUGAAAUUUCAUUGCAGCUAUUUAAGAAGACUUGGAUCUGACAAUAGCACACGUGACGUUAAAAACAAUGUA